AUGCCCAUUUCAUGUUGUCCAUUACAAGGGAUAUCUCGUAACGAGUACGUCACCACGGACAGGAACGGAGACCAUGUCAUACACAGCAGACAGUCACCACAGCAGACAGCCACCACAGGAGACAGCCACCACAGGAGACAGUCACCACAGCAGACAGCCACCACAGGAGACAGCCACCACAGGAGACAGCCACCACAGCAGACAGCCACCACAGCAGACAGCCACCACAGCAGACAGCCACCACAGCAGACAGCCACCACAGCAGACAGCCACCACAGGAGACAGCCACCACAGCAGACAGCCACCACAGGAGACAGCCAACACAGCAGACAGCCACCACAGCAGACAGCCACCACAGCAGACAGCCACCACAGGAGACAGCCACCACAGCAGAUAGACACCCCACCACAGCAGACAGACUCCACAGGAGACAAACACCACAGGAGACAAACACCACAGGAUACAGCCACCACAGGAGACAGCCACCACAGGAGACAGCCACCACAGCAGACAGCCACCACAGCAGACAGCCACCACAGCAGACAGCCACCACAUCAGACAGCCACCACAGGAGACAGCCACCACAGCAGACAGCCACCACAGCAGACAGCUACCACAGGAGACAGCCACCACAGGAGACAAACACCACAGGAGACAGCCACCACAGGAGACAGCCACCACAGGAGACAGCCACCACAGGAGAUGGAGACAGCCACCACAGCAGACAGCCACCCCACCACAGCAGACAGACACCCCACCACAGCAGACAGACACCCCACCACAGCAGACAGACACCCCACCACAGCAGACAGAAACCCCACCACAGGAGGCAUACACCACAGGAGGCAUACACCACAGGAGACAGCCACCACAGGAGACAGCCAUCACAGCAGACAGACGCCACGGGAAACGGACUCCACGGGAGACGGACGCCACGGGAGACGGACGCCACGGGAGACGGACGCCAGAGCAGACAGACACCACAGCAGACAGCCACCACAGCAGACAGACAGCACAGGAGACAGCCACCACAGGAGACAGCCACCACAGCAGACAGCCACCACAGGAGACAGCCACCACAGGAGACAGCCACCACAGCAGACAGCCACCACAGCAGACAGCCACCACAGGAGACAGCCACCACAGGAGACAGACACCCCACCACAGCAGACAGACUCCACAGGAGACAAACACCACAGGAGACAAACACCACAGGAGACAGCCACCACAGGAGACAGCCACCACAGGAGACAGCCACCACAGGAGAUGGAGACAGCCACCACAGCAGACAGCCACCCCACCACAGCAGACACCCUACCACAGCAGACAGACACCCCACCACAGCAGACAGACUCCACAGGAGGCAUACACCACAGGAGACAGCCACCACAGGAGACAGCCAUCACAGCAGACAGACAGCCACCACAGCAGACAGACGCCACGGGAAACAGACUCCACGGGAGACGGACUCCACGGGAGACGGACGCCACAGGAGACGGACACCACGGGAGACGGACGCCACGGGAGACGGACGCCAGAGGAGACAGACAGCAACCACAGCAGACAGACAGCAACCACAUUAGACAGACAGCAACCACAGCAGACAGACAGCAACCACAGAAGACAGACAGCAACCACAGAAGACAGACAGCAACCACAGCACACAGACUCCACAGGAGACAAACACCACAGGAGACAAACACCACAGGAGACAGCCACCACAGCAGACAGCCACCACAGGAGACAGCCACCACAGGAGAUGGAGACAGCCACCACAGCAGACAGCCACCCCACCACAGCAGACAGACACCCCACCACAGCAGACAGACGCCACGGGAGACGGACGCCACGGGAGACGGACGCCAGAGCAGACAGACAGCAACCACAGCAGACAGACAGCAACCACAUUAG